GGCGUAAGAUAUUUCUUCAAGAUUGGACAGCUGAGGACCUGUUAUUUUUGAUUAGCCUUAAGCUGACUUAUAGCCAUAGAGAAACUUCACGGAGUCCGAUUUUGUUUGUCUGCUUUUACACCUUUCCUGGCACCGAAGCUCACCGUGCAACCAUGUAUGGAAGUGCUCGCUCAGUUGGGAAGGUGGAGCCAAGCAACCAGAGCCCUGGGCGUUCACCGAGGCUGCCACGAUCCCCUCGCUUGGGUCAUCGUCGAACCAAUAGUACAGGGGGUAGUUCUGGAGGCAGUGUUGGAGGUGGCAGUGGGAAAACCCUUUCAAUGGAGAACAUCCAGUCCUUAAAUGCUGCCUAUGCCACAUCUGGUCCUAUGUAUCUAAGUGAUCAUGAAAAUGUGGGUUCAGAACCCCCUAAAAGCACCAUGACACUCGGCCGUUCGGGAGGACGUCUGCCUUACGGUGUCAGGAUGACAGCUAUGGGCAGUAGCCCCAAUAUAGCUAGCAGUGGGGUUGCUAGUGACGCCAUAGCAUUUGGAGAGCAUCACCUCCCUCCUGUGAGUAUGGCAUCUACUGUCCCUCACUCUCUUCGUCAGGCAAGAGACAACACAAUCAUGGAUCUGCAGACACAGCUGAAAGAAGUAUUAAGGGAAAAUGAUCUCUUGCGGAAGGAUGUAGAGGUAAAGGAGAGCAAAUUGAGCUCAUCAAUGAAUAGCAUCAAGACCUUCUGGAGCCCAGAGCUGAAGAAAGAACGAGCUCUGAGAAAAGACGAAGCUUCCAAAAUCACCGUUUGGAAGGAACAGUAUAGAGCUGUGCAAGAUGAAAACCAGCACAUGCAGAUGACAAUCCAGGCUCUCCAGGAUGAGCUGCGCAUCCAGAGGGACCUGAACCAGCUGUUCCAGCAAGAUAGUAGCAGUAGGACUGGUGAGCCUUGUGUGGCAGAGCUGACGGAGGAGAAUUUCCAGAGGCUCCACGCUGAGCAUGAGCGGCAGGCCAAGGAGCUGUUUCUUCUCCGAAAGACUCUGGAGGAAAUGGAGCUGCGUAUUGAGACUCAGAAGCAAACCCUCAAUGCUCGGGAUGAAUCCAUCAAGAAGCUUCUGGAGAUGUUGCAGAGCAAGGGACUUUCUGCCAAGGCAACCGAGGAAGACCAUGAGAGAACGAGACGACUAGCAGAGGCGGAGAUGCAUGUUCACCACCUAGAAAGUCUUUUGGAGCAGAAGGAAAAAGAAAGCAAUAUGUUGAGAGAGGAAAUACAUCGGAGAUUUGAGAAUGCUCCCGAUUCUGCUAAAACAAAAGCUCUGCAGACUGUUAUUGAAAUGAAGGAUUCAAAAAUUUCUUCUAUGGAGCGUGGGCUCCGGGAUUUGGAAGAGGAAAUUCAGAUGCUGAAAUCCAAUGGGGCUUUGAGUACUGAAGAACGAGAGGAAGAAAUGAAGCAGAUGGAGGUGUACCGGAGCCAUUCUAAAUUUAUGAAAAACAAGGUAGAGCAACUGAAGGAAGAACUAAAUUCGAAAGAGGCUCAAGGGGAGGAGCUGAAAAAGAGAGCGGCUGGUCUUCAAACUGAGAUUGGGCAGGUGAAGCAGGAGCUGUCCAGAAAGGACACAGAACUCCUGGCCCUACAGACCAAGUUGGAAACGCUUACGAACCAGUUCUCAGACAGUAAGCAACACAUUGAAGUGCUGAAAGAGUCCUUGACUGCUAAGGAACAAAGGGCUGCCAUUCUACAGACCGAGGUGGAUGCUCUCCGAUUGCGUUUAGAAGAGAAGGAAACCAUGCUGAAUAAAAAGACCAAACAAAUUCAAGAAAUGGCGGAGGAGAAGGGCACACAAGCAGGAGAAAUACAUGACCUGAAGGACAUGCUGGAUGUGAAGGAGCGGAAGGUUAAUGUUCUUCAGAAGAAGAUUGAAAAUCUUCAAGAGCAGCUUAGAGAUAAGGAAAAGCAGAUGAGCAGUUUGAAGGAACGCGUCAAAUCCUUGCAGGCUGAUACCACCAACACUGACACGGCCCUGACAACAUUGGAGGAGGCUCUUGCAGAGAAGGAACGGACAAUUGAACGCUUAAAGGAGCAGCGGGACAGAGAUGAGCGAGAAAAGCAAGAGGAGAUUGAUAAUUACAAAAAAGAUUUGAAGGACUUGAAAGAAAAAGUCAGCUUAUUGCAAGGCGACCUUUCAGAGAAAGAGGCUUCGCUUUUGGAUCUGAAGGAACAUGCUUCUUCCCUGGCGUCGUCAGGGCUGAAAAAGGACUCACGGCUGAAGACGCUGGAGAUUGCUUUGGAGCAGAAGAAGGAGGAGUGUCUGAAAAUGGAGUCACAGCUGAAAAAGGCACAUGAGGCAACACUGGAAGCCCUAGCCAGUCCAGAGAUGAGUGACCGAAUACAGCAAUUGGAGCGAGAGAUCACCAGGUACAAAGAUGACUCGAGCAAGGCACAGGCAGAAGUUGAUCGUCUCUUGGAAAUCCUGAAGGAGGUGGAAAAUGAGAAGAAUGAUAAAGACAAGAAGAUAGCUGAAUUAGAAAGUCUCACCUCAAGGCAAGUGAAAGACCAGAAUAAGAAGGUAGCAAACCUGAAGCACAAGGAGCAGGUGGAGAAAAAGAAGAGUGCACAGAUGCUCGAGGAGGCUCGGCGGAGGGAGGACAAUCUCAAUGACAGCUCCCAGCAACUGCAGGACAAUCUACGUAAGAAGGACGACAGGAUUGAAGAGCUGGAGGAAGCACUAAGAGAAAGCGUGCAGAUAACUGCUGAGCGGGAAAUGGUGCUCGCACAAGAGGAAUCUGCCAGGACCAAUGCUGAGAAACAGGUGGAGGAGUUACUGACGGCCGUGGAGAAAGUGAAGCAGGAGCGAGAGUCCAUGAAAGCAAAGCUGUCCUCCAUCCAACAGUCACUGGCAGAGAAGGAGACUCAUUUGACCAACCUUCGGGCAGAGAGGAGAAAGCAUUUAGAGGAAGUUCUGGAGAUGAAGCAAGAAGCUCUUCUAGCUGCCAUUAGUGAAAAAGAUGCCAACAUAGCGCUUCUGGAGCUCUCCUCGUCUAAGAAAAAGACUCAAGACGAAGUGGCCGCACUCAAGCGGGAGAAGGACCGGCUGGUCCAGCAGCUCAAGCAGCAGACGCAAAACCGGAUGAAGCUAAUGGCCGACAACUACGAGGAUGACCACUUCAAAUCCUCCCAUUCCAGUCAAACCAAUCAUAAGCCCUCCCCAGACCAGAUCAUCCAGCCCCUCUUAGAACUUGACCAAAAUAGAAGCAAAUUAAAGUUGUAUAUUGGACACCUGACAGCCCUCUGCCAUGAGCGAGACCCCCUGAUCCUUCGUGGCCUCACUCCACCAGCUUCCUACAACUUGGACGAUGACCAGGCAGCUUGGGAGAACGAGCUGCAGAAGAUGACUCCGGAGCAGCUUCGGAAUGAGUUGGAAAAAGGUGAGCAAGACAGUGCCGAACUGCAGGAGUUUGCCAAUGCCAUCCUCCAGCAGAUAGCAGAUCAUUGCCCUGACAUCCUGGAGCAAGUGGUCAAUACGCUGGAAGAAUCGUCCUGACCCUGCAGCAUCAACCCAGGAGCCAAGAAAGGAACGGAAUGAGGAGCAGGCACCCAGAGACUUCUUGGCACCAGACAAACACUACAGACUCCAUCCCUUUGCUCAGUUCUUCCAGGGAGAUUGUAGCACCACUUCUGCACCUGUCAUCUUACUCUGUCUUUCAGCUUUGGAAGUGGUCUCUACACAAAUGUUCUUGGCGUCGAGGAUGGGUAAGUGGCCGAGUCUCCAUGAAUAACUCCCAUCCACUCCUCACCUGUGGAGACCUGUCGAAGCUGGUGUCCCCUUUGACAGAGAGACAUGGGGUACAGAGACCCCUUGGACCUUCUGUCCUUCAGCACAAGGACUACAUCUGGAAUUUACUUGGAACUCAACACGUUGAAAGAAUGCUCCUCUGGACUGGAGAGCAUGUGCUAACAUCCCAGUGGGUGCUUUUUCCUAGAAGCGGGGGCAGGGAUCCCAGAAAGAGAGAGUAUUAAAAAGAGGAGACCAGAAGCCAAGAAAAGAAUCAACUCUUCUUUUCCCCUCUCCCUUUUACUCAUUUUCUCAUGUGUAGUAUUUCAUGCAAGCCAACUAUUUCACAGGCAGGCCUACAAUGGCCUGACAAACACUCAUUCCCCACAUUUGUUGUCUUUACCCCAACCCUAUCUGUCUCAACCUUUCUUGCUCUUCUCAUCCAGUCUCCCCCGAGCCGCUCUUGUUGAAGACCUCUGACCCCAUUGUACUCAGUUUGCCAGCGAAAACAUCUCAAAUGGGAAGGAAGAGAAGAAAGCGUUGGCAUGGGAAGCAUUGCAGUCGCCACCUGUGGCUUUGCCCUGUCCACGAAGACCAGGCGUCUGACCCUCUCUCCUCAGCACGCUCACACAGCCCCUGUCUCCUUUCCCAUCACCCCCGUUUCAGAGCGCCCGCAACCCAGUGGUUGCUGAAGUUUCUACCCACCUUCCUCCUGUGAGCUUGAUCCCUGACUCGCUCUCCCAGAACCACAGCCACAUGUUCUCCUUGUCCCACACACGUUUCUUCCUCCAUCUUUUCCACUCAGAGAACACGUGUGGGCUGCCUGCUAUGUCAAGUCAUUGGGGUGGGCACCCAGCCUUAUAAAAGUCUGUCUUUAGUGGAGGAGAGGAGUCAGCGUCCCCGGUUGAAUCAGUCGUGAAAAGCAGUACCCUGCCCUUGCUCAUCUUAACAGAGAAGUCAGCAUUUCUGAUUGUAACGGGAGGGGUUUCUUUGUGGGGCGAAGGCCCCGAUUUCUGCAGGGUCCCAUCCAGUGACGCCAGAUCAUGGUGGUGGGGGGACACUGGACGAGUGAACCAUUUAAGAAGCGAUGAGUGUCCACUUGCAGAUAGUGUUUUCUCAUCACAUCUCUAUGCCCCUGAUGGAACCAGACCAGUUCCACGUUACAAAUCGGAAAGCUCACCCCAAAGUUGGAAAUCCCAUUGAAGCUGUUGGCAUUUUGAAAGGCAGUCUUCCCAAGUAUAGUCAACGACAGUGAUAAAUAAUCAGGCCCCAAGGAAGAGAUUGCCUCACACAGAUCUAGCCCUGUGACCACCUCUGCCACCAGGCAUCCACUACCACUCACAUCUGCUGAUCAAGAGUUGCUGGCCCCAAUUAUCUUGUCUUGACAUUUCCCUCUCCUCAUCCCACAGUUAUUUACCCAAAGAGUUUCAGGUUGCCUGGAAAGGCCCCACAGCCAUCAGUCCAAUAUCUUCCUACCGUCAGCCCUUAACUGUCCCAUUAACUUAAAGGGUCAGAGUCCCAGCUGCCUGUUUUCCCUGCUAUAAACCAGCCGCUCCCUGUGAGCAGCCGUGGAGAGGUCCUUCUCGAAGGUUUCAAUGGAUCAUGCUCAUAAAGCCUCUUACUGAGCUGCUUCCUGAUAGUGAGGCUGGUCAGAGGGGGUGCAGGGGCCCGUGAGUAAGUGGUGGUCAUUUACGGCCAAUGACCUCAAUUCCAUUUAUUUAUUGCACCGCCCAUAAACCAUGUAGAAAGCCCUCAAUCCUUCGGGGCUGAAGAUGAUGACCAUUUCCCCUAACCUGUUCAGAUGCACAGAACUGAAGUGUGCCAACGCCUUAAGCAGGACCACAGCAGAGCAGACAGCAGCAGUAGACCAGCCUGGCACUAGCUUGCUGGUCUCCGCCUGGCCUGGCAAGGAAGGGCAUCCAGUCGACCUCCUGGACUCCGCCCAUCUGAUGGCCUUUGUCAUCAAAUAUAAUCCCCGCACUCUUGUCCACCUCGCAUGUGACUAUCUCCUUCCUCCCUUCUCUUUAUCGGAGUCCUCCCCACUCACUUCCACUUCAUUAACAAACUUAUGGAAGCCAUCUGUGGCAAACGCUUCCAAGUAGCACAGUGCCUGCGAUAGACAGCAUCUGGUUGGUCUCUGUGAGCUGUAGCAGGGGAUCUCCUUGAUCCUUCUUGGGUGGUGAUCCUGACAUCUCAAACAGUGAUGAACUGUUUGGCCCUGGAUGAAAGCAGGCUCUGGCACACACUGAAUAGCGAGCAAGGACUGCCUGUAUAUUUGGGGGCAAAGUCAGCACCAGUUCUAGCCUCUAGAAUGUCUUUCAAGUUGAGUUCAUACCAUUCGUGGGGCCCAGUUCCCAUCACCCCAGGAGUCCACGGCCCUCUUCUAAUGGUCGCGCUGUCCAAGGUCCCUCUCCUGCUGCUGAAGUGCUGGAGCCUCAAGAAGGCCCUGCAGAUGGCCUGACAUGUGCCCCGCGCCUCCAUUCCUUCGGGAACUAUCGUCACCCUCUGACCCUCUGAAGGUCCGUGCCCCCGUAAUCCAGCCUCCGGUUCCUGGCUGAAGGGACCAUGUAAGUGUCUCAUCUCUCCAUGUAUCUCUCUCUCCCCCAGGGACUUAUCAGUUAUUGAUAAAGUAUCUGAACUGAGAUUUUUCAAGGACUUGGAUACUGUUUGAAAUGGAAAAGCUUUUAAAUAGGCUUUAACCUAUUAAGGCGUAUGAACGGGAACCCCCAGGUCCAUCUUGGUUCUAACCUUUGACCCUGCACUUUACAACUUAAAGAAGAGCUGCGUGCUUCUCUCUCGUUCGCUCCCUCCCACGUUGGCUUGAGGACACUGCUAAAGCCUGCUGGACCCAAAGCUGCCCUCAGUGCUGCCAGCGAUGCUGUGACUGCCCCUUUUUGCCAAUAAAUGUCUGGUUUCCCCUGAGGGACUCAGGCGCCCCGGGGGUCAUUACAAAGUUGAAGUCAACUGCUGAAUUAGCCCCCACCCCCAUCCCCAUUUGUGGUCAGGAUUGGCACUUGGAUUUGCUGCUAGAGAGUCCUACUGAUUCCAGAACCAUCCCCUCCGCCCGUCCGACCCCAGGACUUGAGCACUGGGCCCACUGACGGCCCUCGGGUGCUCUGAAGAAAGAGUAAAGCUUAGGCAAAUGUCACCAUGAUGGCGGUGCCCUCCUGUGGCACCUCCUGACUCCCAGGGCCUGUGUCGGCAACAUCGGUGCCCUCCGGGCCAGCCUCCCCUCCCCGCCCUCACGAGUCCGAGCGCUGGGGAAGGAGAUGAGGACAGAGUGGACAGCAGCCCAGCGAGCUGAACUGCCCCUUGCGGAGCCUGCAAGGGCCACCCAUCCAUCACUGCCAACCCCUGGCUUCUCAGGACAGUGGCUUGAGCCCGAUGAUGAACUGUCUGGAACCUGGGGUUUCCCCCAUGUGAACUAAGGGAACAUUUGGGGCAAGAAAAAACCCAUAUCCAUCACAGGGACAUCUUUCUGAACAAAAUGGCUAUCUUUACCCUCUCUUUUUAAUCAAAAAGAAGUUUCCAAACUUUUUAGUGUCAGAACUGUAACUAGUGUCUCCUGGUUUUUCCCCACCGUGUUUGGCGAGUGCUGUGAUCCUGUUGUAGGUAUUUAGCCUCCCGGUGCUCUUGGCGGAGAGGCGGGUUAGGGAUUGAUUUGUGGGGAGUGGGGUUUUUGUCCCAUCCGCCUCCUCUCUGGUUUCUCUCCGCUUGUCGAUAAUUGUGUGAUUCAGAGAAUUGGAGCUGUUAUGUCGUGUCCAUUGUUGAGAUGAUUUAAAAAAAAUUUUUUUAAGUAGUUAUAGAACCAAAAAAUUACAGAGCUAUGUUUUUAAAAAUGCAAACCAAUAUCAUGCUCAUAAGGGAAUUCAAGCUAUGGGGCAGCCAGCUCCUUCUCUUCCUCCUCCUCCCCAAAUUGGCAUAGGUGGAAACUGGGCUAGCCCCCUGAGAAAUCCAUUGCCCACCCUCCAGGUUGGGGACUGCCUGGGUGAGAGACACAACUGCUGAAUCAGAGGCCCUUGAACGAGCGGGGUGGAGGUCAGGGGCUGGGGUCCCACUCGGUCCAGAGUUCUGAACAGCCUCAGGACCUCAGAGUUCAUCCCCCGCAGUCAUCCUCGCCACCACAUUGGUCCCAGCUCAGGGUACCUAACUCCGUGUCGUCCCCUGGGCUUGACUCUGAACCCCCAGCCCUGCACAGACCACAGACCCUCUCUCCUGCCCACUUGGUGCUAUUAUCAUCCAGUGACCCGUCCAAUAGGGGCCCCGCCCUAGCCAGCCUGGAGCCUACAAUCCAGGUGGAACGAACUGUACCAGGAGCUCAGUUCCUCUUGGCUCCAGUCCCUAGAGUCUACCCCUGUGAGCUUCCUUGACCACAGAUCUCCCAGGCCCAAGCGACCCUCCUUGGCACCAGAGAGGCCAUGGCCAAGAAGGAAGUGAAGCCAGAGUCUCCGGAGGCCCAGGCCGAGCGGGAGCACCCACACCAGUAUUGCGUCCAUCCUCAAAUGCAGCUCGACCUCCCUGAGGGCAACACACACCCCCAUUCUGGCCGGCCUGCCCACCCCCUCCAGGACUAGCCCAGGAGCCUGCCAAGCACCGCAGCUGUCCAGGACGGGGGCCUGGGGAUACCCUAGGACGGGCUCCCCGAGGCUUCAGCAGAGACGGGCUGCACUUUAGCGGAGGUGCCAAGGAGCACUGGGUACCUGACUCCUCGUAGCUUGAGUUCCUUUAGGUCACAGUAGCAGCCUGAUGGGCGGAGUCUGAGGCAAACACCCCCACUGCCUUCAGCCGUGUGGAUGUGCGCGUGUGUGUAUGCCUGCUGGAGUCGUGUUACCGACGGGAUAAUGACACUACAAAGAAAUGUGUUAUAUUCAACUUUGCCUUGAUUAUUAUCGUAAACACUUUGUUCAUUUUUGUUUUCUUUUUUAUUCACAAACUAAAUCCAUCAGGAAAUUAUAAAGUUAUUUAAAAAGCA